GAGAGUGUAAAACCUGCCGACUCUUAGAACUUUUAUCCUUAAAGUUAGAAGAAUUGACUCAUCAGGUCGUGUAAACAGGGACUCUCCCACGGUUUGUCACGGUGGGCACUCAGCCUUAAAUGGUCACUCACUGAAAGCGUCCAGAAACAUGCCUCGCAGCGCGACGUCAUCAUCCGCGCGACUCUCCUGUGGCGGGAGCAACAGUAGCAGCGGGGCUCGCUCUCGCCGCUAUCGGACGCGCGCGCUGACGUCUCAGGUGGACGAGAGCCUUUUUGGAGCACCCAAACAGUCUGCAUUAGAGCUUAAACAUGAGGCUAAAGGAUCCAGAACUCUGUCCCGCUCUGCUCCGGCUUCCAAAGGGCAGAAAACAGAGACUGUCCGCAUCAUCACCAAGGACCUUAUCAGGGACCUCAGAAUUCGGAACAGAGACCCAUCUGGCCAGUCCAUCAUCAUCUGCACAGAAGAAAUUGGACGCAUCACAGCUGAGUCUCGUGUUGCCGCUAAAGAAGAAAAAGAAGCAGUGCUGGAGAGUCAGCGCAGAAUUCGGGAGGAGGCCAUGAAUGCCGCAGAGGAAAGGAAAUCGCUCAUGCACCAGGCAGAUUUGUCCCGUCAAAAGAACCAAGGCCUUAGCGACCUGGAGGCUGAAGCUAGAGAGCGCGCUCAGUACCUGCUUGAAAGGGCUAAUGCUCUAAGGAUGGAGCAAGAAGAUGAGGUCAAGAAGCUCAACGAGUUGAUCCUGGGGGCUCAAUGCCAUGCAGUACGUGAAGCUCAGAUCCUGGAGAGGAAACAAAUUCUAAAAGAGCUACAGGAGGAGGAGAGGAGGCUGGAUGCCAUGAUGGAAGUGGACCGUCGCCGGGCCCUUGAGGUUCAAGAACAGAUUGACCAGCUGCGUAAACAACAGAGGAUUCAAGGAAAGAUGUGCAUCCUAAAACAGAUUGAGGACCGGCUGGAGGAGCGCAUGCUAGAUGACGAAGUGAAAGAACAGGAGGGGCAGCAGAUGCUGGAGAGCCUGGAGAGGAUGCAGAUGGAGGAGCUGGAGGCCAUGGAGAGAAAGAAAGCCGAGCAGAGAAGGCUCCUGCUAGAGAUUCAGAAGAUCAAUGAGGAGAAUCUACUUGCAAAGGAACACAAGAAAGAAGAGGAGAGACUAGCGGACCUUCGUGCUCUGGAGUAUACACACAAGAAACUGGAGCGAGAAGCGGAGUACGAGGCUGAGCAGAAACUAAUAAAAAGAGAGAAGGAGAAAGAGGUAGCACGACUGAGGGCUCUGCAGGAAAGAGACAGAGACCAUAAAGCUGAACAGGAUGAGCUCAGGGCCCGUAGGAACCAGGAGGCUGCAGAGAGGGAAUGGAGACGGAAAGAGAAAGAGCAGGCCAGGAAGAAGCUGGAGGAGGACGAGAGGCUGAAGGCUGCUCGUCUAGAGCAGGUCACCCACAAGGAACACAUGCUGUCCAUUGAAGCGGGCCGAGAGAGGGCAGAGUUUGAGAGGGUCCUGAGGACACAGAAGGAGCUGACUGCACGAGAGAAGGAGAAGGAGGAGCAACACCGGCAGCAGGUCCUCCGUCACGCUGAGGGCGUACGGCAGCAGAUCCGCGAGCGUGAGAUGCUGGCCAUCGCCCGCCGCAGGGAGCUGUUCCGCGAGGGGGAGAAACUGGACGAGGAGGCACGGAGCUGCAGAGUUCGACUGGACGAGAUCAAGGACAAGAAACUGAAGGAGCUAAGGGCGGCUGGACUUCCAGAAAAGUACUGCAAUGAAGUGGAGCGGAAAAUUCAAGCCCUGCCCACUCUGCCAGGUUUGAGGAAUGGAAUUUGGAAGCGGAGGCAGCUGGACGUGGACUGGGGCUGAAAAAUGAUGCAAAACCAGCCAAAAAUGUCACUGAAGUGUUGAGUGGGAGAUUAUGGUUACAGGCUCUAAGUUCAUGACUUAGACAAGAAGAGAAAACAUGAGGUAGGAGUUGCUUGUGUUUAAUAAAUAAUCAUAUUACAUAUACUAACAUCAUACUUUACAUCAUGAAGCAUUGUGUAGGAGUAUAAUCACCCCUCUGCUUUUAGUGUUAUGAGAUGAAUGAGAAUCUCCCAUUUAUAAUCGAGUAUAAACGAUUCAUCCAGACGGUUUAAUUUGGUUAAGUCAACAUUACAUAAUGAACCCUUAAUACUGGCUAAUGUCUGUUUCCCCAAUGUUUUUGAUAUCAGCUUUUUCAUGAAG